UCAGUUAUCUCAGUGAAACAAAAUAAGGUAUAAAAUAUAAUUUUAGACUCUAGUGCAUUCUGUGACUGGCUCCUCACGGAAGUAAGGUACAGAGGAAACACGCUAAUGGGACGAUUGUGUGCAUUGAGCUGUAGUAUGUUGUUCCGGAAAUAUGGUUGUGAGUUGUGACGAGCAAGAAAGAGCCAUAGUGGCAACCACUUUGUAGAAUUUCCUAUCAUACAGGGUCUUCCUCAUCGUGAGCGUUGUAGUACAUGAUGGCAAGGGGGUGUGUUGGUCUUUGAUCUAGACACCAGUGACUACUGCUAGACACCACUUAAGUUUACCAUUGAAUGUUUCCUCUGCAGGCUUGAUAAACAAAAAUAUAUCAACUAUUUUUUGUGUGGCCAUAAGCUGCACUAUUACCAUUUUAAUUACCAUAAUGUUAUAUCUAUGUCUCACACUCAAAUCACUUUUGAAUUUUGAGUGGAGCGUCCCAGUGAGUACAGAAUCAAUAUGUUCCCAUUCUGUACCCUCUGGUUUAGUUCACUACCACUUUACCAACCUUACAAACCAUCUAUUUCAGUAGUCAAACUCUAAACCAGUGUUGCCUCCAGAUAUAAUAUUUAGCUCAGUAGAGGUUAUAUAUAUUGCAGUGUAUGAUUGUAAUCCAAGGACUCCGGAGAGAAAACAUAACGUCUUAAAUUGUCUGUAAGGUAGCCAGUUUUAUAGACCAUGAUCUUUUGUUUAACGAAUUGGGGUAUUUUUCAGUUGGAAGCUGACAUCUUUUAACCCUGAACUCUCCCGUUCACAUUGGCCUUGUGCCUGUGUGCGGAACGUUUUUUUUUUCAUGAAAGAGGUUCUGGUCCAAACGCAGAACGAGUAAAACAUUUAAUAUGUGCGAAAUGUGUUUUAUCCACAAAUGUCGGUAAAUGAUUGAGUGAAUUGUUAAUAGUGAAUUGAAGUGAGUGAAUUGAACUGUGUAAGUGAGUUGAACAUCGCAACUGCAAGAAGAUACCAGUUCUUCUGUUAAGUGAGAUGCCACAUGAGGCAGUCGAGAGUCUUGACAGAGCUCUAGAGAAAGUCAAUCAAAGGAAGCUAUGGCUGCUGUCUAUGUUCCUGUUGACCAGCAGUCCCGGAGUGUUCAAUGCUUACCACAUAAUGGCGUCUCUCUUCCUCUCCCACAUUCCACCGCAUUGGUGUCAGGUAGAGGAACUGACGACGGCCAACUGGACGAGUGAACAGAUCAGAAACAUUAGUAGUCCGGGUGGGUCGACAGAGUCCAGCUGCUCUGUUAUAGGCUGGAACUAUACACAGUUAGCAGACAUGGGCUACGAAGCUGCCUUAGAGUAUGUGAAAUCUCACACUCUUCCUCCAGCUAGUCCUUGUAUAAACUACUCUUACGAUGAAGACGUCCCUCAUUCGUCUACGGUGACGGAGUGGGAUCUUGUGUGUGACAGACUGCCUCUCAAGUCCAACGUUCAGUCGUCCAUUGCACUCGGGAAGUUUGUCGGAGGAUUUCUCUUUGGAUUUAUAGCUGACAAGUAUGGACGUAAGAGCAGUUUCGUCUUGGCUUGUCUAACCUACGUGGUGACUGGUCCACUGGCAGCGUUCGCUCCGUCCUAUUGGCUCUUCAUAGUCGCAAGGUUUUUCAUCGGCACCGCAGGAUCUGGCUGUUACGAGUCAGCAUACACCCUGUUGACAGAGUUGGCCAGUAAAGAUAGAAGAGCCAUGUUGGGUUGUGUCUACAACAUGUCAUAUCCUUUCGGUUACAUCACUUUAUCAUUGAUCGCCUUAAUGUUUCCCGCGUGGAGAACAUUGCAGUUAGCCGUCUCGCUUCCCAUGCUUCUUCUUCUUUUCCAUUGUUGGUUACUACCAGAAUCUCCGCGAUGGCUGAUGACUCAGGGAAGACAAAUUGAAGCUUGGGCCGUCGUCAAGUCCAUUGACGCUUCCGUCGUCCCUCCGACAUUUGAAAACAUCACCAAUAUCCAGGGAGAGGAAGGCCCAUAUGUUCCCUUGUUUAAGAGGAUUUUAGAUGGGAUUAGGAAACUGUUUGCGUUGUUUGGCACAAAGGAACUUUGUAGACGAAUCUGCAUCUCUUACUUCACUUGGUUUGUUGCUGCAUUGUCUUACUACGUUCUGGCCUUGAAUGCUGACAACUUCUCGUCCAAUCGCUACGUGUACCUCGCGUUGGCAGGCUUGGUGGAAGCUCCAUCAUAUGUUCUGCCACUCCUGAUACUCAUGUUUCUGGGCCGCAAGUCAACGGCAGCGCUUCUUUUCCUACUGUCUGGGUUGGCUCUCAUAUCCAUUUUACUCAUACCUCAAGAGAACAAGCUGCUGAUCCUAGUGGUCGCGUUGCUGGGAAGGUUCGCUGAUUCUGCCGUGUUUGCUGUCAUCAUCCUCCACACGUCGGAGUUGUUCCCAACCUCCAACCGCAACACAGCUAUUGGUACUUCACUUGCUGUGUCGCAAUUGGGCUCUAUCUCAGCUCCCUACGUUGUGGACAUUCUGGGCAAGUAUGUGUGGUACAUGCCCAGCACACUAUGUGGAGGGCUGGCUCUCUGCUCUGUUCUACUGACUCUAGUUCUGCCUGAAACUAGAGGGAAGCCCCUCAUGGACACAGUGCAAGAUCUCAAAAAAGCUCACCACCAAGAUAGAGUUUCUGUCCGGAACUGCUGCACUUUCUCGUGAUAUUGUGAAUUUUCUAUGCCAAAUGAUUUUAUUAGUUGAUAAAUAUAUUUAUAUUUUUU